CUUAUGAUAGACUUCACUUGCAUUUAUCUAAGGAUUUUUGUUCAUUGCCUUUUAUGCCACAUGCAACUUCAUCACCAAAGUAUUUUCCAAAAAUGAAUUUAUUCAAUACUUAGAUGAGUAUGUUGAGAAUUUCAACAUCAAACCAAAAUGCCAAAGUUGUGUUGAAUUAGCCUUUUUCAACAAUGAAGAGAAGAAAUGGAAUGUCAAAUCAAGAAAUGUGGCGAGUGGAGAAAUGGAAUUGUAUGCUUGUGAUUUCUUGGUUUUGGCUACUGGUGAAAACAACGAAGGCCAUAUUCCAAAAGUGGGAGGGCUUGAAAAUUGCAAAGGGGAAACAAUUCAUUCAAGUGAGUAUAAAUCAGGUGAAAAGUACAAAAAAAAAGUAUUGGUUGUUGGCUCUGGAAAUUUUGGUAUGGAAAUUGCUUUUGAUCUUUCAAAAUCUAUUGUUCAGUCAGCAGAGGUCAUCAUUGAAAUCCUCUUAAGGCUUCCAGUGAAACGCCUCUUGAAAUUCAGUGACGUUGAUGCAAUCAAUGGUACAUUGCAAGGGUAGAACAUUUACGAACUCUGAUCAUCUUGGAAAUUAACAAGCAUAGAAAAGAGGAGGUAGAGACUACAGAGCACAUUUUACUUCAUUGUCGCUGCUCAGCUAUGAAGUUUGUUUCUUAAUAUUUGUGGUAUUCCAUGGAUAAUGCCCUUAUGUAAGGAACGAAAAUAGCAGAUAUUUUCAUGAAAUAGCUCUCCCAUGUACACAAACUAAAUAUAUAUGUGCUUGCUGGAGCUAGCUUUUUGGUGCAAAUUAAAGAAUGUUGCAUAUUCUCUGUAGGCUUAGCCUGCUUUAUAUGUUUGUAGAUCUGUACUCUGUCUCUCUGCUCUUUUGCAGAGGAAGUAGAGAGAUGCAUAUGAGGUUCAAUUUUGAAGG